UAGAACUAAGUCAAUCAUAUAUUGAUUUAAAAAUCACAAUUACGGUAUUUUCAAAAAAAAAAUCACAAUUACGGUUUGAUUGACUCGUUUAGCACGCUAAAGCGUUUGAAAUUUGAGUAUGAAUACUAUUUGGAGUAUAUUUAUGUUGCAUGUAGCAACUUCUUUCUGCAACCCUUCCAUUUCUCUGAAUCUAUUCUGCAGCAAUCCAUUCUCCAAAUCCAUAUAUGAAUUUGCAGAAACGGGUUGCGUUUCUAUUCUUGAAUUUACACUUCUAUGCCCGAGCUGUACCCCAGGAUGAUUCGAUCAUCCAACACGUAUGCUUAUCAGGUGGGAAUUACACUCAAAACAGCACAUACCAGAAGAACCUGAACACAAUUCUGUCGUCUCUUUCCGAGAAUGUCGACGAAUAUGGAUUCUAUAAUGCUUCAAUUGGCCAAGAUUCCGACAGGGUUAGUGCUGUCGUGCUGUGUAGAGGCGAUGUUGAGCUGAAUCUAUGUCGUGGUUGUGUUAAAGAUGCUGCUCGCAAGAUUGUGCAGCAAUGUCCUGAUCGCAAGGUGGCGUAUGGAUGGUACGUUAAGUGUUUGAUAUAUUUCUCCAAUGAAAACAUCAUUGGUUCCAUGUCAAGUGACACUCUUUCCUUGCCCUGUAACAACCAAAAUGCCACUCAGCCUGCUAAGUUCAACCAGGAUUUGAGGAGCAUGUUGGACCGCCUGCUAAGCGAAGCCACUCAGGGCGGUCCGUUUCUCAAGUUUGCAGCUGGAAAUACGAGUGCACCGGACUUGAACACCAUAUAUGCACUUGUGCAGUGCACACCUGAUUUGUCUGCUCAAGGCUGUAGUGAUUGCCUGACGGCUGCUUUUGGAGCCCUGUCUGCUGCUCAGUGUGUUGACAGAGUAGGGGCCAUAGUGUUAACCCGUAGCUGCAACUUUCGCUAUGAAAAUUACCGUUUCUUCAAUUAUACGUUGAUCGAACCUCCUCUUCCGCUACCACAGUCAGGGAAGGAUGAUAGAACAAUUCCAACUGUUGUCAUUAUUUUAGUUCCUAUUGCUGUGGUGCUUAUGCUGCUUGCUAUUUGCAAUUUUGUAGUAUUAACAAAAAGGCAGAAACAGAAGGCCAAGAAGGGGGUGAAGACUAUGGAAGAUACAAGUUCUCUCUGUGAAAUUAAAAGUGUGGAGUCCCUUCAGUAUGACCUUGAUACCAUAAGAGCUGCAACAAAUAACUUCUCUGAAGCCAAUAAACUUGGACAAGGUGGUUUUGGUGUUGUGUACAAGGGUCAACUAGCGGAUGGGAUAGAAAUUGCUGUGAAGAGACUGUCUGGAAAUUCUCAGCAAGGUGAUCUAGAGUUUAAAAAUGAGGUUGUUUUAGUGGCUAGACUUCAUCACAGGAACUUGGUGAGGUUGCAUGGUUUUUGCCUGGAAGGAAGAGAACGGAUUCUAGUCUAUGAAUUUGUUCCCAAUGGAAGCCUUGAUAAGUUGUUAUUUGGUAAAUAUUUCUUCACAACCUAUCUGCAGAGGCCAGUAAUGGAAUAUUUGAACCACACCUUUUCAAUUAAACUUUGUAAUUUACAUGCAGAUCCUAUAAAGCGUGGAUGUUUGAAUUGGGAGAGGCGCUACAAAAUUAUAAUAGGCAUUGCUAAGGGACUUGUUUAUAUGCAUGAAGACUCUCGUCUUCGCAUUAUUCAUCGUGACCUCAAAGCCAAUAAUAUUCUUCUGGAUGGAAAUAUGAAUCCCAAAAUUGGUGACUUUGGUAUGGCAAGGUUGUUUGCCUUGGACGAAACUCAAGGCUCUACAAGUAGAGUCGUGGGUACUUAUGGAUAUAUGGCACCAGAGUAUGCAAUGCACGGUCAUUUUUCAACAAAAUCAGAUGUAUUCAGCUUCGGAGUAUUAGUCUUAGAAAUUGUAACUGGAAGGAGGAAUACAUCUUUCCGGUACGAAGAAUCUGCACAAGACCUUCUAAGCUAUGUUUGGAUACAGUGGCAAAAUUGGACGGCUUCAACUGUGAUAGAUCAAAUGUUGAGGGGUGUAUCAAGUCCAGUGCAUGAAAUAAUGAAAUGCAUACACAUUGGUUUGUUGUGUGUUCAAGACAAUGUUGCAGAUAGACCAACAAUGGGAGAAAUUGUUCUCAUGCUGAGUAGCUCAUCUCUCAGCCUUGCAGUGCCCUCCAGGCCUGCAUUUUUUGUGCACAAUAUCAUAACUGCUGGAACGGUUGAUAAUACAGAGGCUUCAAGAAAUGAGGUGUCAUGUACUGAGUUUUACCCCAGAUAAACACUUUAUAUUGCAGUGAAUAUAUAUAUGUUGACAGGUACAUCAAGUCCAGUGUAUGAAAUAACAAAAUGCAUCCACAUUUCA